CGGAGCCGGCCCACAAUGCCCCGCGGCAUGGAGCAGUACAUCGUGCUGGGCCGCAUCGGGGAGGGCGCGCACGGCGUCGUGUUCAAGGCCAAGCACCGCGAGACCGGGGAGCUGGUGGCUCUCAAGAAGGUGCCGCUGCGGCGCCCCGAGGAGGGGCUGCCCCCACAGACCCUGCGCGAGAUCAAGGCCCUGCGCGAGAUGGAGGCCCACCCCCACGUGAUCCGGCUCCGUGCCGCCUUCGCCCAGGGCCCGGCCGUGGUUCUGGCGCUCGAGCUGCUCGUUGGGGACCUGGGGGGGCUCCUGCGGGCGGCGGCGCCGCGCCGCCCGGUGAGGGGCCCUGCUGCCCCCGGCCUGGGGGAGGGCCGCUGCUGGCCAGGGCUGGGCCACGUACACGGCCAGCACCUCAUGCACAGGGACCUCAAGCCGGCCAAUCUGCUGCUGGACAGCGCCGGGCGCCUCAAGCUGGCGGAUUUCGGGCUGGCGCGGCUGCUGGGCCCCCCCUCGGGCCGCCCCUACAGCCACCAGGUGGCCACCAGGUGGUACCGAGCGCCCGAGCUGCUCUACGGCGCGCGGCACUACGACGAGGGCGUGGACCUGUGGGCCGUGGGCUGCAUUUUCGGGGAGCUGCUGACGCUGUCGCCGCUGUUCCCGGGGGAGAACGACAUCGAGCAGCUGUGCUGCGUGCUCAGGGCGCUGGGAACGCCCAGCCCCAGGGACUGGCCGGAGCUGUCGCAGCUGCCGGAUUUCCCCAAGCUGCGGUUCCGGCCGCGGGCGGCGCCGCCGCUGCAGCUGCUGGUGCCGGGCGCUGACCCCGCUGCGCUGGACCUGCUGCAGCAGCUGCUGCAGUACCGGGCACGGCUGCGCCCGCGGGCACACCAGGCCCUGCUGCACCCUUUCUUCUUUGGGCCGCAGGAGCUGAGCCCGCCCCCGCCCCCGGGGGGGCCGCGGCCGCCCCCCGAGUUCAGCCUGGACACGGCGCUGGAGCUGCCCCCCCGGGGGGCCCUGAGACCCCUCCCCAGCCCGGGGGAGCCCUGAGAGA